AUGUCUCCUCCCGCCCAGUCUGAGGACUUCGCCUUCUCAUUCGACAUCGAUGGUGUCAUCUACAAAUCCGGGCAACUCUGCCAAGGAGCCAAAGAAGCCAUGACCUGGCUAUCGGACAACAACGUCCCGUUCAUAUUCCUGACCAACGGAGGCGGAAAAACCGAAGAUGUCAGAGCUGCUGACAUGGCCGAACGAUUGGGAAUACCCCUCUCUCCCUCCCAAUUCAUCCAAGCACAUACCCCGUUUAAGAACCAAGUGCCAAGCUUGGCCGACAAGAAAGCUCUUGUGCUUGGAGGUGUUGGCGACGAAUGCAGGUUUGUGGCCGAACACUACGGUUUCAAGGUGAUAACCUCUGCUGACAUUGUGACAGCGUAUCCCUCGAUCUUCCCAUUCAACGAGAUGUAUGGCUCCUACUUUGCCAAGACUGCUAGACCGCUAGCAGUUCGCGAUGGAGAAAACUCGCCGUCGCUAGAGAUCGCGGCAAUUUUCAUCUUCUCAUCUCCAAGAGAUUGGGGCCUGGAUCUGCAGAUCAUCACCAACUUGCUCCUCUCUGAAAGAGGAAGAUUCGGCACGUUGUCCCCACUCAACGGAAACCCUGACCUGCCAAACAAGGGGUAUCUCCAAGAUGGCCAACCUCGGAUCUUCUUCGCUAACCCGGACCAUACUUACGCAACUAAGCAUCCCUUUCCACGAGUCUGUCAAGGGAGCUUCAAACUAGCCCUGCAAGGAAUAUGGUCGGGCCUGACCGGAACCCAGCUGAUCAACAGCACACACUACAGCCAAUUGGCAAGCCGACCCAACUCCAAUUUGAACAUGGUGAGCAAGCUCUUCUUGAAGUUUCCGGAAAAGAGCUCAGGCAGGUCUACAUGGUAG